AUGGAGCCCGACGUGCCAGAGAUCGACAUGAACAUAGGGACGCCCAGCCCGCCUACGACGGUGGUCGCGGCCAAGCACUUCAACCGCAUGAGCAACCCCGUCAUGAACGACAUCACGUCGCACAAGCACGCCAGCCUCUUCGCGACGCCGGUCAAGACCAAAGACGCCGAGGGCUACUACGACAUCAUCCGGCGGCCACAAGACCUCAAGUCGAUCCGCGCAGCCAUCAACUACGGCAACCGGGCCGUGGCAGCCGCGACGGCCUCGUCAGCAGACACGCCCUCUGCGGCGUCGCCGAGCCAGCAGCAGCCAGCGACGCCGACGCAGAGCUCGACAAGCACGUACACGACGCUGCCAAUCUCGGAGGACUUGGUCCCGCCCAAGAGCAUUGUCAACGGCGCGCAGCUCGAGCGCGAACUCAUGCGCAUGUUUGCCAAUGCCGUCAUGUUCAAUAGCGGCGGCGACGGCGUCGUCCGCGACGCUGUUGAGAUGGCGAAGGAUGUCGAGGCGAGCGUGGCGAAUUGGCGGGCGGUGGCUGUGACGGACGAGGAUAUGGGCGAGAGUGAGGGGGGGAAGAAAAGGAGGUUGUAG